UCUCUCGUCACCCGGAACUACCCCCAACCAUGUCUCUACGGACCAUCCCCCUCCCGCUCAAGUCCCUCCCUCGCCACAGAGCCCUCCCGCGCGCCUCUUCAAUCACCAGCCGUCACUUGACCACCUCCAAAUCCCUCCGAUCAGCUGCCCCCUCCGCAUUCUCCACCAUCAAUGCCUCUGAGAUCUCCCACUUCUCCAAGCUUUCCUCGCAGUGGUGGAACGAGACUGGCGAGUUUGCUCUUCUGCAUCGGAUGAAUCCUACCCGUGUAGAGUACAUCAGGCAAAAAGUGGCUCUGGCGCCUACCGGGAACGAGGAAUGGUCAUUCGAAACGCGGCAUCUGGAUGCGCAACGUGAGGCCGGAAAGGGCACUGGGAGAUGGCUUGAGGGAUUGAGGGUGCUGGAUGUGGGAUGCGGGGGAGGGCUGCUGUCGGAAAGCCUGGCCAGAUUGGGAGGGAGAGUAGUCAGCGUGGACGCCAGUGAAAGCAACAUCGGGAUCGCAAAGACCCAUGCUUCACAAGAUCCCUUCCUAGCCGAUAAACUCGAAAAGGGAGAGCUAGACUACCGACACAGCACGGCCGAAUCACUCAGAGAUGCUGGGGAGCAAUUUGACGUCGUUUGCUCCAUGGAAGUGCUCGAACAUGUGGAUGAACCGGGAGAAUUCAUGAAAUGUCUGGGGGAAAUGGUCAAGCCUGGUGGGCAUUUGAUUCUCUCAACAAUCUCAAGAACUCCUCUAUCCCAGCUCCUCACUAUCACUCUGGCAGAAGACGUCCUCCGAUUGGUCACUCCCGGUACCCAUACAUAUCGCAAGUUUGUACGGCCAGAGGAACUACGACGCUUUGUGUACUCUGAUAUGGGAGGUUUCGGCACUUGGGAGGGAAACGAGGAUGCUAGUGAUAUCAGGGACGGAGAGGUCGGUGAGACGCGAGGAAUCAUUUAUGACCCCUUGAAGGGUGGGUGGAAUCUCUGGGGAGGGGUGGAGGGAAGCUGGUUCAAAGACCUGGGAGAGACUUGUAACUACAUGUUCUAUGCCAAGAAGAGAGUCUAGAGAACAAAAUAAUUAUAGCUAUAUCCGCAUUAUCAAGAGCAACCUCUACAACAAGUAUCAUGUGUCACUAAAAGCAUAUCAUAGACAGGUUCUAAUUCGUUCAUGGGCUGUAAUCACAUCAAAGAGCAUGAAGUCAUACCACACUUCAUCCGUCAGCGUUCACAAAAUAACACUGUCGGUGCUGCCUGUACCAAGUGUCUGUUACAUUCAUGCAUCAUAUUCACGCUG